AGAACCUGAGGAGCCUGAGGAGCCUGAGGGCCGGCCGGGUCCUGGGCGCCUUGCUACCUCAGUGAUGAUCACAGGGCAGAGUCUGGGGACCUGGCCCUGAGGGCACCGCCAGCCGAGAUCUGCCUCUUCAGCCUGGGCUGGGCACUGGCAGGAGGACCCGGACAGGGUGCUGGACGAGCACUCCGGGGCAGGGUGACCGGCCCACGCGGGGACCCCCUUUGCCUGGGCUUGGCCGUGAGAGGACAGAACUCAAUCCUUGGGACCCUGAACAAGUACGAUGCAGAAGCUUACUUAUAAAGAUAUCACCAAAGAUUAGAGACAUAAUCAUUUAGAGGAAAUGCUGGGAGUAUGGCUGGAUGUGCGUGUGCAAAAAUCUCUACAGCAGAUGGUCUUGUUUUAGGGGCUAUCCAGAUUAUGCUUGGCAUCUUUCAUGUUAUCAUGUGGUAUUUCCUAUUGAUUUUGUAUAUGGGACAAAUUAAAGGAGUAUUUGGAAAAUAUGAACCUAUAACUUACAAAACAGGAUGUUCUUUAUGGGGAAUUAUUUUUAUCAUUGCAGGAGUCUCCAUAAUAAGAGCAGCAUGGCAUCCAAAUCAAGGCCCGGUUACAUGUGCUUUGGUCAUGAACAUCUUCUGCAUAAUUACUGCAGUUAUUGCAGCAGCUCUAACAAUAGUGGAGUUGUCUAAGUUUGAUUCUGUGUCCUAUAGGAAUUACGGACAAGCGAAACUCGGGAGGGAAGUUUCACGUAUCUUACUGUCCACCUACCCCUUGGAAUUUGCUAUUGCACUUACAUACUCCAUCUAUGGCUGUAUUGGUUUGAGUCGUGGUAAUGAAGAUACUCUUUCAACUGUUACAGAAGAAGCUGAGACCACUUUUUAAAAACCUUAGAAAUGUGAUAUUUUUCCUGGUGCUCAUACCUGAUGUGGGCACUAAUGAUAUUUCUGUAUAACAAAGCUGCUACAAAGCCCACAGAUUUUGUGCAAAAGAAAACACAAAUUGGUUUUUCCUUCUCAGUAUUCAAGAAAUUUCUCUGCACAUAGUUUUGUAGGCUCCAAGGAAAGAUUUUCCCUACUUAAAUAUGACAUUACUACAAGGAAGAAUUUGUGUUCUGGGUACUCUGAAUAGCUGUCAAUUCUCCCUAAUGGAGCUUUUGUAAGAGACCAUAAAAAAGAUUUGUGAUUGUCUCUAGAGUUCAGGCUAUAAAGACUUGGAGCAUAAUAUUGUAUAAUUCUCAGGAAAAGGUUAAAUAAUUUAUGCCCCUACAAGUAAAGAAUACAUUUCAGUCUGAGUUCUUCUACCUGAGCUGGAUUCUACCUGAACAAAGUAUGAGUCAAAAGGCAUCUGACUCAUAGUCCCUUCAUUGUUCUUCUUUGACUGCUCCUCUCCUCAUUAAAGUUCCUCUCUGCCCUGAAA